AUGGGCGAUGUGAUCCGCGUGCUGCUGUUGAAUCCGCUCACGAGCGUCACGUCGCUCGUGUGCCUCCAGCGGCCGCUCGAGUGGGACAGCGUGCUGAGCGACUUUUAUCAGGUCAUUACGAACUCGGACGACGAGCCGGCGCCGAGUAUCCUGGCCAAGUGCAAAGUGCUCCUGCACCCGACCAAGUCCAAGAGCGAAAAAGGAGUCGUGAUUCGCAAAAGCGCGCUGGACCGGUCGAUCCGCGACGGCGACCUCUUGUCUCUCGACGGCUUCCAGCUCAAUGAAGCGACAGGACCGCCGCCAGAGCUGCUCGAUAUCAUGGAGACAAUGGACUUUCGGGACUUGGACGCUGCGUUGCUGCCGUCCAGUGCCGUAGCAAAACGCAGUGACAUGAACGAUGCAGUGGCGUCGCUGGACGCGCGGGUUCAGGCACAGCUGGCGCUGGCACCAGCAGACGGACCAGCACGGUCUCGUCCAGCAGCAUCGUCAUCAUCAUCGUCGUCAGCAGCAAUGGCUCCAUCAGCGCGAGGCCAGUCACGCAAGUCCAAGCGAGGACGCAGUCUCUCGUCCAAGUUUUGGCUCGUGAAUAAAUUGGCGGCCAGUGGCAAGAUCAGCAAAGAGCAGAAGGAUUCGCUCAAGAUGCUGCUGAUUGCAUCGGACGACUCGGCGCUGCAUCAGGCGUUCGAGCACUAUGAAGAGACGGGGGACUUGGACACGCUGCUCAACUUGCACGUGAACUCGAAAAAGUCGUUCGUGGGCUUACCGCCGCUGUCCACCGAGGCGUUCGACUUUCAGCUGACGCAGAACAUUGAGAACGAGCUGGACCUGCUGUCGAUGCGGAGCUUCAGCGUUGGUGGCGGCGACACGUCGUCACCGAUCAACGAGACGCUUGCGUCUGCUACAAUGUUACCGACCAGACCGACGAGCACUUCAGCUCGCAACGAGCCGAUUCCGUUCGCCGCGUCAACUGGUGAGCUCCUGGAUCCGCUGGACGCGUUGCUCGAGUCGUCGUUGGACGCGCUGCCCAUGCCAAUCGGUCAUGGCGACGAGCAGAACUUGCCGUCCGCACUGCCUGGUGAUUUGCACGGCAUGGAGGAAUGGCUGAAGGAUUAG